AUGGCCAUGGCUGAGCGGCCACGGCCCGGGUGGGCCUCGUAUCACAACCCCAACACCAACAACUGCCAGGACCUGGGCAACUCUAUCCUGUUAUUGCUGGGCCUCAUCAUCUGCAUUAACAUCAGCAUCAACAUGGUGACUCUGCUCUGGAGCCGACUCCGUGGCAUCUUACACCGAGUAUUCCAUCAUAUUGUUUGUGAAAAAGAAGCUCCUAAGCCAUCCUCACCUGGGAAGCAGACCCAGCCCUCAAAGAAAAAGAGCUCCCCUGCAGUCCAUCUUCGAUGUACCAUGGACCCUGUGAAAAUGACCGUGACUCCCCCAUCCACUCGCCGCCAUCGCCAUCAAGGCUCCCUGCCACACCGAGCCCACCACCCAGUAGCUUGGGCCCCUAACUCUGAUGACGAGAUGACCCGACAUCCACACCCAGAGAUCUGCUCCCACCACUGGAAUGGCCCCGAGGACUGGGAAGCCAUCCAACCCACCCAGGAGAUCUGGGCCUCCUGGAUGCGGGACGCUCUGGAGCCACCUCCCCAGACCAUCCGCUUCCAAUCGACCGGAGAGGGAAGACCCCUCAAAACAGAGUUCCAGUCAGAACAGGGCCUAGAGGCCUACGUGUACCCUGUGAACCCCCCACCUCCCAGCCCUGAGACCCUGAGUCACAACAGUGGGGCGGGGGCGGCUCAGUGCCAGCCUGCCCCACCACCCGUCCUGGGCCCCGCAGUCAUCCCCGAAAUCCCCCGACGUCGCUCCUCAGGCCGAAUAAUGUAUGAUGCCCGGGACGUGAGGCGGAGGCUUCGAGAACUGACCCGGGAGGUGGAGGCGCUGUCCCACUGUUACCCCCUGGCCUCCGCAUCCAGCACUGCUGAGGGGACAGGCAAGGACUGGGUGUACCGUCCCCUGACUGGGAGGUGA